CGCACCUGAUCGCUCCAGGAUGCUAAUGGGACCUGACAGCUGGGAGCCCGAGGAGCAGAAGAGCGAAGCUAAGCGGGGAGCCCAAAAGGCAGACGCCAGGGGCGGGAACAAGCGAGGAAGAGGUAGAAAUGCGAGCAUAAAUCUUCGUCGUAGACUGGCGACUAAUCUCGUGGAAGGCUCACACGUCCGCGGUGCAUAACAGCUCUGAUAGCACAACGUGGCAUCAAGCUUCUCAUAGCGAGUCAAGGACGGGAACUUUAGGAAUGAUCAGAUACUCUUACGAAUCCACAUGCGAACCUCCCCACUUUGCACCACGAUGUGGCGAUGGCCUAGAAGCACACGUUGCCGUAUCGGCAGGGUUUGCCCUCGAAGCAGCACUGAACGGGGCAGCUGUAGACGUCGACGAUCGGCACGGCGGCGUUGAUGCUCUCGAAGCAGCACUGCCGGGCAGCUGGAGACGGAGACGAACGGCUCGGCGGUGCUGAUGCCUUCCACCAGCUCGCACUCGUCGGGGUUGGCAGGGCCGCCGACCUAAACCAGGCGCCCUGGCGUCGGAGUCGGCGCUGAGCCCGCCCCAAGGCCAGAACCCACGUCGCAGUACUGGCACGGCAUGCCCUCGAAGCAGCACUGGCUGGGGCAGCUGGAGUCGUGGACGGCCAGCUCGGCGGCGCUGAUGCCGUCGAAGCAGCACUCACUGGGCCAGCUGGAGACGUAGACGAACGGCUUGGCGGUAUUGAUGCCCUCCACCAGCUUGCCCUCGUCGGCGCUAUGGCCCUGGUGGGCACGUCAGCCUGCACCGGGCGCGCCGACGCCGAGGGGGAGGAGGAGGAGGAGGAGGAGGAGGAGGAGGAGCCGGCCACCCGCCGAGGCCGCCUCGCAGCGCCCACGCCGCCGCACCAGCACGGCGUGCGCCCUCGGAGCAGGCACCGGCCGGGGCAGCCGGAGUUUAGUGGACGGUCGGCUCUUCGGCGGCGUCGGUGCCCACGAAGCAGCGCCGGCCGGGGCAGCUGGAGACGUAGACGAUCGGAUCGGCAGUGUCGAUGUGAUUAACCCGCCUGCACUCGACGACGUCGUAGGGUUCGUCAGCCCAGCCGGGCGCGCCGGCGUCGACGUCGGCGCUGAGCUCGCCCCGAAGCCGCGGGGCAGCCUGCGCUGCCGUGCUGGCAUGGCGCGUUCCGAACGGAAAGGGGCUUAAUAAAAGUACCCCAUAACCCUUUGGGAGGGGACCUAAGUUAGGAAGGCCAAGAACAGGGGUCA